CCCCUCUAUGAAACCAAGUUAACCUAUAUAUAUUUAUAUUAUAUAUUUAACGUGAUUUAAGAUUUAACUUUUGAGUUUAUUGAGUUUAUGUUUUUUAAUUACAAUGGAUUUGAACGAUAAGUAUUCUAUAUACGUUGGUUCGGCAAGGGGAACCAUAACAUAUACUGAUCUGAAUCCUGAAAAGAAAAAUCAUUAUGAAUUCGCAGCUGAAGCUUCCGAAAUAAAUUCCAUGAUUUGGAAAAACGAAACUGAAAUACUAGUUGGUUACAAAAAUGGAAUUGUAAGCACUUACGAUACAAUUACACAAAAAUAUGGGAAAAUAUUUGACCAAUGUAGAGAUGAAGGAUCUGUAGUUGGUCUUGGUUCUUUUGGCAAAAAAAUAUUAGUUACUUCAGCCAAAGGGAAAAUUAAUAUAAUUGGUCCGAAAAAUAAAAUUUACAGUAUUGUGACCCUUUAUCCAGAAAAUGGAACUCUGGAAACUUCAAGUCAAAGUAUGGAUAGAUUAAAUAUUAUAGCAACUGGUGGAGAAAUGAAUGAUGUUAAGUUAUGGGAUGUGGAAGCCAAGGAAUGUAUAUUCAAGGCAAAAUCGAUGGGACAUGAUCACUUAAAUCUACCUAUUAAAACUUCAGUUAGAGGAAUUACAUUCAUUCCAGGAGAGCCCAGCCUAUGUUGUUGUGCCACAAAAGAGGGUCAUGUUUUGAUUUAUGAUGAAAGGGCCCAAAGAAGACCAGUAUGCAAAUUUCUAGAACCAAAAGCCAGCUUUUCUUCAAUUACUACUGCAUAUAGGGAAAGGAAUAUCCUAGCUGGAACAACAAAAGGAUAUAUAGAAUAUAUUGAUAUGAAAAAAGGAAAAUGUCUAAGAACAUUUACAGGUACAUGUGGAAGUGUAACAAGCUUAUUGUGUGAUCCUGUAGAACCUAUUCUUUUCGCAACAAGCUUGGACAGAUAUUUAAGGAUAUAUAACUUGGAUACUAAAGAAAUACUUAAUAAGCAAUAUUUGAAACAAAAUUUGAAGAGAAUAUUAGUGAAGCCAAUAGUGAAAAAAGAGGAAGAAAUUGUUCCCAAUAACAAAACUACUGUAGAUGAAUUUGAUGAAAUAUUUAACAACUUAGAAGUUAUUUCUGAAGAAACAGCAAAAAAACAAAAGGCAAAGGCAGAACUAAAUAAUAAAUCUCAAAAAGAUGGAGAUUUAAAUACAGAUGGAAAUGAAGAAAUAUCAAACAAUCCAGAAGCUGUUGCAGAGAAACCAAAAAAAACUCGUAAAAUCAAAAAGAAUAAAGAUCAAUCUAAAAAAGAUGGAAAUUCUGGUACUGAUAAAACUGAAGAAAAUUCAAACAAUAUGGAGGUUGUUAAAGAUAAAUCAACAAAAAAACGGAAAAUCAAUAAAGAGAAUAAAGUUGAAAUGAAAAAAGGUGGGGAUCCCAAUACAGAUAGAACCGAAAACAACGUAGAGGUUAUUGAAGAAAUACCAACAAAAAAACUAAAAUUAGAGAAUAAGGUUAAAUCCAAAAAACUGAAAAAUAAAAUACUUGUAUAAAUAA